AUACUACAUCGGAACCUUCCUCGACCUCCCCUUACUGCUAUCUCAACUCUUGAUCCACUACGAUGCCUGAUAUUGCAGGAGACGGUCCUGAAGAGCAACCUCUGUUCUCUGAACGGCCAGACUGGACGGAUGUCACGCCUGUUCCUCAGUAUGAGGGUUAUAACCCGAUCGCGCCGAUCUUCUAUACCCCUCAAUAUAAGGAUGCAACAGAUUAUUUUAGAGGGAUUGUCAAAACGAAUGAGAAGAGCGAACGGGUGCUCGAGCUUACUGAAGCUAUCAUUCGGCUGAACCCCGCACAUUAUUCUGCAUGGCAGUAUCGCUACCACACCCUGCUAGCUAUCAAAGCCCCUCUCGAUGCCGAGCUCAAGCUCAUGGACUCCCUCGCCGUACAAUUCCUCAAGACGUAUCAAGUCUGGCAUCACAGGAGACUCAUCCUCACUGCCAUCUAUUCUCCGCCACCGUCGAAUGCAUCCGGCCUCAAUGACCCCACUGCUACGACCUCCUCUUCUGCCAAGAGCAAGCCCUCGCCCGAAUCACAAGCAGCUGCUCGAACUGAGCUCGCGUUCAUCACCCGUGUUCUUAUGGUCGACGCUAAGAACUAUCAUACUUGGUCCUAUCGUCAAUGGUUACUCGCGUUCUUUGAUGACGUUCACCUUUGGGAGGGCGAACUUGGGUUUGUGGAGAGGCUGCUUGAGGAAGAUGUAAGGAAUAAUUCAGCUUGGCAUCAUCGGUUCUUUGUGGUCUUUGGACGAGGGCAGUUGCAAGGUGAAGAGGAUAGGGUCGCGGUGUUGAAAAGGGAGCUUUCGUAUACGAAAGAUCAAAUCGCACUCGCCCCCAAUAACGCUUCUGCAUGGAACUACUUACGGGGUAUCCUCGAAAGGACCGGAACCUCUUUCUCCAACCUCCGUUCCUUCGUGGAACCUUACACAAAGACCCACGAAGAUAGAUUGGGAGACGAGGAGAUUCUGGAUUUGGAGAACCCCGCACCGAGUGCUGAGGCUGAGUUGCCUUGUGUCGCUGCUCUGGAAUUCUUGGCCGACAUUUACGAGAAGGAUGCCGUUAGCAAGUCUGUCGAGAUUUGGAAGAGGCUUGCGAAUGAACUUGAUACGAUGCGAAAGAAGUACUGGGAGUAUCGAAUCAAGGAGGCACUGAAGGAUGUCCCAGUCCAAUCAUGACUGCGAUAUCCGACGUAAUGAUAUAUUUUGUAAGGAUCGAAGGAUAGAGGCCUCCAGGACUGUAUAUCUCUAUAGCCGAUCUGUAUGUAUCACCAGUCGUCACCACAAUCCGUGUUGCUCUAAUUCGCUUCGACGUCAUGUUCGCUGCUUCAAUCCGGUUGUUGUAAGAUCCAUUGUGAUUUAGGCUGAUUCGUACUACUGAUACAUUGUUGAAUUCGUACAAGCUGAAGACUAUGAUACAAAUGAACACUGUCCGACCAGAUCUCACAUCUUACACUAGUAGUACCUUCAGUUCCUCAGAUCCUCCUAUCGGUCAGAGGAACAUACUAAGACACGCUUCAAUCUUGGGAUGCCUAAAUUCACUUUGAAUGAUGCUUACCAUAACACCGAAUAAUUCUUUCUGCG